AUGCAGCCACCAGGCUGGAGUCGAAUAUUAUGGUUGUUAUGGCCGCUUAUCGCAACGUAUACCAAAGCUCAAGUAAUAACUCAAAAUGUGGCUCGAAUUCAAUCGUAUACGAACUAUGGUCAACAUGAUAGUCAAGGGUCAUCAUUACUGUCAUUUAUGCAAUUGGUACGACAGCGGUCAGCUGGGAAUCAGAUUCAACAGGUAAGGGGAAUAUUUUUGUCUCGCUUCCUUAAGAUUUUAAAAUUUUUUAGUAAGCAGGUAGGGUAGGGUAGGGUAGGGUAGGGUACGGUAGGGUAGGGUAGGGUAGGAUAGGGUAGGGUAGAGUAGGGUAAAGUUGGGUACGGUAAAAUAGGGUGGCGUAAGGCAAGCUAGAGUUAGGUAAUGUUUAAAAUGUAUAUGUAAAACCCAUUUAUAAAACUACCUUACUCAAACUUUUUAAAAUUUUCGUAAAACCUCCUAUGAGCAAAACACUUUUCUAAAAUUAAACUCCCCCCCCCCUCUCAAUUUUAAAAAAAUUAUUUUUUUUUGUAAAAUACGUUGUUUGCACUUGUGAUGAAAAUUGUAAUUUCAGUGCCCAUGUGUCCACUUACCAGGCUCAGACAAGUGCAUCACAUACGAUUCUCGGUUUCAAGCUGUCAGUAUCGAAGAAGCUAUGAUAUCCUUCGUUGAUCAGACCAUGAAUGGGUAUAAUACUCGGAAUAGUGCUAGUAAUGUUAUUGUGAGUUUGAAAUUUUUAUUUUUUUUUUAAAUUUAAAUUACGAAAAAAAAAUUCUUAAUUUUUCAGUCAGGAGCUACAUUCGCCUGUUCUACCCAAGAAUGCCGCCAAUGUGUUGCCAUUUUGGCUGUGAGGUUACGUCAAAUUGGUAUCUUGAGACGACCUUUAGCGUUCCCGUUCCCUGUACCAACAGCAGACCAGAUAGUACCAUCACUGUGUCCUAGGCUAAGGCUUAGUCGAAGUCAUUUUGUAAGUCACCCUACCCUACCCUACUCUUUCCCUACUCUACUCUACCCUACCGUAUCUUAUCUAACCUUACCGUAUCCUACAGUACAGUACCGUACUCUACCCUACCCCACCGUUCAAUCCUACCCUACCCUAAUUUUCCUAAACUUUAGGUACCCACGCCUUCAGCCACAGUCCCAUGGGCGGUGACGGCCAUUUCCAACGCCGCCGGCAUAAGAGCGGCCGUUUCUGCGCGUCCGCGGACGCCGUUCCACGCGCAGGUCGAACAAGUACGUAAGUGGCUAGCUGCCAAUCCCAAUUUUUGUGGUUUUAGCGGCUUAAUGAACAGCGUGCUGCUCGUGGACUGCCAUUGAUAACGUCGGUGAUUAGGACUAGUGGUACACAUGACGCGUCAGUUGGUACUGGUGGAGGUGGUACUGGUAAAACUGGCAGUACUGGUGCAGGUGGUGCUGGCGGAGGAAGUGGUGGUACUGGUGCAGGUGGUGCUGGUCGAACUGGCAGUACUGGUGCUAGUGGUGCGGGCGGAAGAGGGGGUGGUACCGGUGGCUCAUUUGGUGCUGGAAGUGGUGGAAGAGGACAAGGAUCAGGCCAAGCUGGUACUGGUGGUUCUUUUGGCACUGGUGGUACAGGAGGCUCUGUUGGUACAGGUGCUGGGGGUUUUGGCACUGAUGGUACAGGAGGCUCACUAGGUACUGGUGGCUUUCCUGGCAGUGGUAGAGGACAAGCUGGUCAAGGUGGAUCUAUUGGUACUGGCGGUGCAGUUGGUCGAGGUCCAAAUAAUGGUCAAGGUGGCCGUGGAGGUCUAACUCGAGGUCAAGGGACGUCCGGAAAUGGCCGCUCUGGUCAAGUCACGUCUGGUGGUAGAGCUGGUACAGGUGGUCAAGGUGGUACCGGAGUUCGAACAGGCGGCCAAGGUGGCGCUGGCUUUGGAGGCCAAGGUGGUACUGGCUUUGGAGGUCAAGGUGGUACUGGGAACCCUACUAGUGGUCAAAUUACUGGUCGAGGUCAAGCCCAAUUCAACGGUCAAGGUGGUCGUAUUGGUACUAAUAUUGGUACUAAUGUUGGUGGUCGUACAGGUACCAAUAUUGGAGCCAACAUCGGUUCUAAUAUUGGUGGUGCUGCUGGUACUAAUAUCCGUGGAAACGGUGGUACUAACUUUGGUACGAACCCUGGUGGCCCUAUCAGUACCAAUUUUGGCGGAGAUGGCAUCCGCACCGGCGGAGAAGCAUCAAUCCCACCCCGUGCUCAGAUCCCAAAUUUCCAGCCCAGACCAAUCCAAGUACAGCCAGCUCAAUCGCCCGCGCCACGAUUUCCGAACAUACCUCGACAAACGUUCCAGCCUCAGUUUCAACAGCCUCAACCUCAGUUUCAACAACCUCAACCUCAAGUUCAACAAUUCCAGCCUCAGGUCCAGCAAUUUCAGCCUCAGGCACAACAGUUUCAACCUCAAUUUCAACAAAGCUUUCAACGUAAGUUUAUACAUAAGAACUUUCUUUACAAAACAAAAAUGGCAAUAACUUUCUUUGCAAAGUCAGAAAUUGCAAGAACUUUCUUUACAAAACCAAAAAUGGCAAGAACUUUCUUUAAAAAACAAAAUGGCAAGAACUUUCUUUACAGAAUAAUAAAUGGCAAGAAAUUUAUUUCCAACCUCUAUAUUUCAAAUUUAAAUUUUCAGCUCAGCCCUUUAACCCGCCCUUUGGCCAACAAGGCUUCGACCCAUUGAUCGGCCGACAGAUCGGUCGAGGAGUGAUCGACGCCGUCCAAGGUGGUCUAGGCGCCUCUUCAGCUGGUACACCUUUCAAUACUGGCGGAUUCGGAGUCAGUCCAGCCCCAGCGGAACCAGCUGGUGGUUUUGGUGCACCUGGUGGUGGUUUUGGUACACCUGGUGGCGGCUUUGGUACUGGUGGUACUGGGGGUUUCGGUAGUGGUGGCUCGGGCGGAUUUGGCAUUGGAAUUGGCGGUGGAGGGGGUGGAUCAGGUGGUGGGAAUAACAAUGUUGGUGCUGGACUGAGUGGUGCACUUGGUGGAUUUAAGAAGAGAACCAAACGAGAGGUGAAGCCGCAGAUUUUGGGUAAGAGUUAACCUUGAGAUGGCUUUUUUUACAGUAUUACCUAAUAAUUACAGUAUUCUUUUACUUUACAGUAACUUUUGAAAGCUACAAUACGUUUUUGUUUUAAAAUUUUAUCUAAAAUUACAGUAUGAUGUCAUUUUACAGUACUAUCUAAAAUUACAGUAUGCUUUCAUUUUACAGUAACUCCUUCAUGUUACAGUACAUUUUUGUGAUUUCCAGGCGAAAGAUUUGUCAUAAAUUGUAUUGAGAAGGGCGAUGCUGAAGACGAAGAUGCUGACUUCCUCAGCUUAUGCACAUUAUGUUGGACUUGGCGACAGUUGCCCGAAGACUACUUCCCUCGACUGGUCAAUGAAAUGGUUUGCCAGGAAAACGAGUUUUGCUUGUCUGGUAGGUUUAUACAUAGGUUUAUGUAUUUAUAGGACAGGGCUGAAGAAAGGGCAAUGUUAGACUAGAGCUAUUGUAAGGGUUGGAAGGCUUUCCAGGGAAUAUUCGGGCUUAGCACACAACUUUAGGUUUAGCGUAGAAUGUUUAGGCUUAGCAGAGAUGAUUUAGGCUUACCACGCAAUUCUAGGCUUAGAAAGAAUAUUUAGUCUUAGCACGCAACUUUAGGCUUAGGAAAGAACAUUUAGGCUUAGCAAAGAAGAUUUAGGCUUAGGAAAGAAUAUUUAGGCUUAGAAAAGAAUAUUUAGGCUUAGAAACAAAUAUUUCGGCUUAGCAGAGAAAAUUUAGGCUUAGUAAACAAUAUUUAGGCUUAGAAAAGAAUAUUUAGGCUUAGCCCAGCAUUUUUUGACUUAGCAAGCAUUUUUAGGCUUAGAAUAGAAUAUUUAGGCUUAUUACGCAAAAUUAGGCUUAGAGCUGACAAUCUUAGGCUUAAAAUUGCUAGAAAGCAAUUUCUAGGCUUAGGGAAAAGUUUUUUUCAAUUUUGUUACCUAAAAUUUUUUCCUUUAAGGCUGGGGAGAAUGCCAUCAACGCUACCGCAACAUGGACGUUUUGCGACGAGUCAACGGCGACUGGCGCCCAACAACAAUAACAACCGCGAGUUGUUGUGAUUGCAAAGUGAAGGCAGGCUCAGAAGCCCACGCCCUGGUGGUGGGCGAGAACAUACGAACAUAA